GACAAUGUGUAGUUGUAGGACAAUGUGUAGUUGUAGGACAAAGUCUAGCUGUAGGACAAUGUGUAGUUGUAGGACAAAGUCUAGCUGUAGGACAAUGGGUACUUGUAGGACAAUGUGUAGUUGUAGGACAAUGUGUAGUUGUAGGACAAAGUCUAGCUGUAGGACAAUGUGUACUUGUAGGACAAUGGGUAGUUGUAGGACAAUGUGUAGUUGUAGGACAAGGUGUAGUUGUAGGACAAUGUGUAGUUGUAGGACAUGGUGUAGUUGUAGGACAAGGUGUAAUUGUAGGACAAGGUAUAGUUGUAGGACAAUGGGUAGUUGUAGAACAAGGUGUAGUUGUAGGACAAGGUGUAGUUGUAGGACAAUGUGUAGUUGUAGGACAAUGGGUAGUUGUAGGACAAUGUGUAGUUGUAGGACAAUGGGUAGUUGUAGGACAAUGUGUAGUUGUAGGACAAACAUCGUUGAACAGCAUCCUCCUCUAA